AUGUCCACAUACACAAAGUAUGGACGCGCUCGAGCGUUCACACUGAUCGAGCUGUUGGUCGUCAUCGCGAUCAUCGCACUGCUCAUCGGCAUUCUGCUCCCAUCCCUCAGUGGUGCUCGCGCUUCAGCACAGCGCGUUGUCUGUCAGUCCAACAUGCGUCAGCUCGAACUCGCUCACCAGAUGUACUACGAAGACAAUAAAGGCAAGUUCAUCGAUGCCGCACUCCCCCACGGCUCCCUCGCUGGAGACAUCAGAAAGACUUGGCUGAUCUCACUCCAAGAGUACGGUGCCGCACCAGAGUCGCUGUACUCACCGGUCGACCGCUCUAUCUGGAGGAGCGUGGACGAUGGUGGCAGCGAUGAGGGCGCGACCCUGUACGAGCUUCGUGGAUGGUUCGAACGUAACGAGGAUCUUCUCACCGAUGACGACUUCAGCAACGAUCCUGAGCAGCCUGACAUUGUUCGCUUGACCAGCUAUGGAUUGAACGGAUACACAGCACAGAGUGUCUCCCCGUUCCUGAAUCCCGAUCCAGUGACAGGCCGUCGACUUGAUCAGCGGACUGCGUACUCAAAAAUCACCAAAAUACCACGCACAUCACAAACAGUGCAUCUUGUGAUGAUGACCCCGAUCGCUCGACUCUUCGGAGAACCAAACGAUUCCGUUGCUGAGUUUGCAAAGUCGGAUCAUGUCCACCCAGAUGAGUGGGACUUCUCAUUUGUGAGCCCUACAGCAAGCGCUACGUACGCGAGUUCACAGAUCUGGCUCAACGCACACGGCGGCGAACCCACAAGCAGCGAUGCACAGAGCAAUGUUGCGUUCUUUGACGGGUCUGUCCGCACACUCUCGUUUGAAGACAUGUAUCUCGACACCCAACACAACCUGUUCCACCCCGAAGCGAGCCGACCUGAAUCGGCACGAGUUGCCAGCACCGUUUGCGCUGCUGCCGAUGUCCACAGCGCCGAUUUCAUUCCCGCUGUUCAAGAUGGAAAGCUUGUCGUAGGAGCCGUGGAUCCUGAUCUUGGGCAGGUGGUCUAUCCAUCACCUAUCAAAGCAGCUGUAUUGGGCGCUGAAGGGUUCCCAAACUUCACAAACGAUCCUGGGUUCAACUCAGAACUCGGCGCUCUGAAUCCUGGCAUGACGAUCGGUUUCAACAUCCUUCGAGCACCGCGAAUCUGGGAUGAGACCAACAUGAACUUUGACACGAUCGCAAGCGAGCAGAUCACUGUUCGAGCUGCGGGUCAGAAUAUCCUCACGCCGUUGAGCGAUGUUGUGGUACCAGGCGUCGUGUUCGGACAGGCGUCGUUUGAUGCGAGCGCGAGCUUCCACCACCACAUGCAAUACCUACUCAACGGCGCGAUACCUCCAGCGAUUGAUGGCGUUUGGCUGCUUGAGCUUGAGCUCUGGUCCGAGAGUUCAAGCAUUGAAGCAUCCGAUCCGCUUUACAUCGUCUUCGGACAAGGUGACGGCGAGGAUGACAUCGAAGACGCGAUCGCUUGGAUCGAGGACAACCUGAUUGGUUCUCCAUGCCUCGCGGACUUGAGCAACGAUGGCUCGCUCAACUUUCUCGAUGUCAGCGCCUUCCUUUCUGCGUUCGCGGCACAAGAUCCAGUCGCGGACUUUAACCCAGACGGACAGUUUAACUUCCUGGAUGUGAGCGCGAGAAAAGAUAUGAAACUUUCAGCAAUCUUGGCAACAAGCGUCAUCGCUUCGAUGGCACUCGCGGGAGACGAUCACGAGCACGAAGGCGGUGACUACGGUCUCGCAAUCAUCGACAGCACCGUAGCCGUUGGUAUCGGAGACCACGACGAAGGCGUCAUCAACGAUUUCGGCGAGCGUGUCUUCGGCGCCGAUAUGGCAGUCAGCGGAUCAAACUGGUUCGCAGACGAGCCGGGCAUCUUCAUCGAAGAAGCUUCGCUUCCAGACAACACCCAGGUCAGCUUUACGCUCACCUCGGCACUGAUGUACUGGGAUGGAACCGGGGCAGUGAGCUUCUCACAAGCCGCAGACGCAAUGUCACUCGGAUUCGGUCCAGCAAGUGUGAUGACCGCGUUUGACAACAAUCCUGUCGCCGGAUUCUCGAUCAACUACGACGCAGAUCAGAUUGGUGGAUUCGAUGAGCAUAUGGAUUACACAAUCGACAGCUCCGCACCAGCAGGAAUCUACCUGCUCGCAAACACCUUCUCUCUGAGUGGUGCUGCGGACUCCGAUGUAAUCUUCACGGUGUUCAAUGCUGGUCUGGAUGAGGAAAUUCAUGACGAAGCAAUCGAAUAUGUCGAAUCCGUCCUCGUUCCAACUCCAGGCGCACUGGGUGUGUUCGCACUCGCAGGCCUGACCGCGACCUCGCGUCGUCGUAGAGCAUAA